AUAUGGAAAUCUGGAGAUCUCAAACUGUGAAGAAGAUGGGAGCCAGAACAAUACCGAGACCAAAACAGUACUCAGGAAUGCCAUAGCCUCAAUACUGAGAGCCUGGUUAGACCAAUGCUCGGAAGAUUUCCAAGAGCCACCUCAUUUCCUUUGUUUGCAAAAACUGCUGGAUUAUCUGACCAGGAUCAUGCCAGGCUCGGACCCUGAAAGAAGGGCACAGCAACUCUUGGAGCAGUUUCAGAAGCAAGAAGUAGUAAACAACAGUGAGAUUCAUGAUAUAUUUGCAACUGAAGAAGAAACAGAGAUUAGUAGAUCAGAAGAAUUUUCUUCUUUCCCAGAAGACCUUGUAGCGGAACAGUUAACUUACAUGGAUGCUACACUGUUUAAAAGAGUGGUGCCACACCACUGUUUGGGCUGCAUCUGGUCUCGGAGAGAUAAGAAAGAAAACAAACACUUAGCUCCCACCAUCAGAGCCACCAUUGCACAGUUCAAUGCAGUCACCAAAUGCGUCAUCAGGAUCAUUUUGAAUGGCAAGGAGCUGAAAACCCAUCAGCGCGCCAAGAUCAUAGAGAAGUGGAUCAAUAUUGCCCAUGAAUGUAGGAUUCUUAAGAAUUUCUCCUCUUUGAGAGCCAUCGUUUCAGCACUUCAGUCCAAUUCCAUCUAUCGGUUAAAGAAAAGCUGGGCAUGUGUUGCAAAAGACAAAAUGUUGAUGUUUGAAGAACUGUCAGAAAUUUUCUCAGAUCAUGACAACUAUUUGACAAGUCGGGAGCUACUAAUGAGGGUGAGAAGCAACAGAUAUUUCAAUGAUAGUGUAAUACAUUACAACUACAGGAGAAAAAGAAAGAGAUUAGCUGUGCAAAAGGACCAGGGUGUAAUGCAAGGCACCGUUCCUUACCUUGGUACUUUCUUAACGGAUUUGACAAUGCUUGAUACAGCUCUCCAGGACUAUGUGGAGGGAGGGCUAAUAAAUUUUGAGAAGAGAAGGCGGGAAUUUGAAGUAAUUGCUCAGAUUAAACUCCUACAGUCUUCCUGUAAUAGCUACUGCAUGACGUCAGACAAAAAAUUCAUCCAGUGGUUCCAGAAACAGCGACAAUUAACAGAGGAAGAAAGCUAUGCCCUUUCCUGUGAGGUUGAAGCAGCCAUCGACACAACCACCACGUCCCCCAAACCGCGGAAGAGCAUGGUGAAACGACUGAGCCUAUUAUUUCUGGGACCUGAUGUGAUUGCUAAUAGCACGCCCACCAAAGAGCAGCCCAAGUCCGUACCAAGCGGGAGUUCCGGGGAAAGCAUGGAUUCAGUCAGCGUAUCUUCCUGCGAGUCAAACCAUUCCGAAUCGGAGGACAUCUGCCUCACUCCUACGGAUACCCCUGAUGAGGCCCAAAAGAAACUCACAGAGUCCUCCUCCUCUUGUUCCUCCAUCCACUCCAUGGACACGUCUUCAUCAGGAGUAUCAUCCUUCACCAAUGUCCUUGUGUCUCCUCCUUCACUGGCCAGCAAUCCCAGAAUCCACAAACGCUCCAUUUCUGUCACCUCCAUUACCUCAACAGUCUCCUCUCCUGUUUACAACCAACAGAACGAAGAUACCUGUAUCAUCCGUAUCAGUGUUGAAGACAAUAAUGGCAACAUGUAUAAGAGCAUUAUGUUAACUAGCCAAGACAAGACUCCUGCUGUCAUCCAGCGAGCCAUGUUGAAACACAACCUGGAAUCGGAUCCUGCUGAGGAUUACGAACUCGUGCAGGUCAUUUCUGAGGACAAAGAACUGGUCAUCCCAGAUAGUGCCAACGUCUUUUAUGCCAUGAACAGCCAGAUGAAUUUUGACUUUGUCUUGCGGAAGAAAAACUCCCUCGACGGGCAAGUGAAACUGAGAAGCCGCUCCAGCUUGACUCUUCCCAGGACCAACAGAAGGGGCUGCUGGAACAACAGAAACAGCAAAAUUACCCUUUGAGGGUGGAUCAGCCCAACACCCAAGAGGUGGGCUUGAAGGACCACUGCAGAGACUGCCUAUGUGGAGAUGAACAUGUCAGUAUUCAGCUUUGGAGAGUACAAAGCUAACACUUGCUAUAAAUAGGCACACGUUUAGUUACAAAGAACAGACAAAAGGGUCCUGAACGGAUAUGCACCCCGUAGGCACUUUUUUGUUUUUUUCCCCUUUUACAACCAGUCCAUGAAUUCAAAGCCACUUUCUAUCAGGAAGACAAAGAAUAUGCAGCUGAUGUUCUAGCCUUACCACAGACUCUUCGCCUCUUCUCAGUUUUGACAGUAUUAAUUUGGAGUGUUUUAGAUGCGCUUUUAUAAAUGGAAAAAGGCAUUUUAAUCCCUUGUGUUCUUACCAGAGGGAGAAGAGUAUCAGACUAACCACUGACUGAUGAUAGUGCUGGUAAAUGACUGGUAAAGAUGGGCUGCUUUGGUAGAGGCAGCACAGCUUCUGAAACAAGGGGAAUUAGCCUUAUCUUAGAAUUCUUCCCCUUCAGUUUUUGGGUUUUUUUUUUAAAGCCAUCCCAACUUCCAGUCCUUUUGGACAUGCUAGAAGAAUCCAUUUCUUGCUCCAGGAAUCAGCUAUUCACCGAUGACUAUCUGAAUGCACACCACUUGCUCUUAAUGCCACUAUGUUGUCUUCUUUAUGCUUUGCUAUUUUUUUUUAAAAAAUGUGUGAAUGUAUGCGUGCAGGUAUGUGAGCGUGUGUAUAUAUAUACAUAUAUAAAUAUAUAAAAAGUCAAAAUAUACUUCCUUGGAGUGUGCAGUUUUACUCCUCUUUCAGCUGUGGAGCUGUUUACCUGUAUUCAGCCAUAUUGGCGUUAUAGUAAACUAUACAGUUAUAUUUUAUACCGUACUCAGUCUGAGAAACAACACAAAACAAAAAAAUAAACCUACUUAAUAGCCAUCAUUUGAAAAGAUCCCAGAGAUUUGUUGUGAUUAAAAAACAU